UCUGUCUGUAUGACAUUUCCUAUGCAGCUGGGGUGAAAGUUCACAGUAGACAACGAGCUGAGGGGAACGACAAGAAGGUACAGACUGGAGGACCAGAAAGGUGCUGUCCAGAGGGAGGAGUAGCCGCAGACUCUAAUAAUACAGUGGCACAACACUGGUAUAACACAUCUGGACAGUCCAUUUUUGCCAUGGCUAUGUGGAAACCUGUGAUCGGAAUGACCACUUUCCCAAUCCUGGGAGGACUCACUGCACGCUUUAUUACACGCAAAGAGGUGAACAACUGGUAUCCAACAUUGAAAAAACCCUCAUGGAGGCCACCAAAUGCUGCAUUUCCAAUAGUAUGGACCUGUUUGUACACUGGCAUGGGGUAUGGCUCCUACCUAAUUUGGAAAGAACUUGAUGGAUUUACUGAAGAAGCGCUGGUUCCACUGGGACUGUAUGGCCUUCAACUGACACUGAACGUGGCAUGGCCUUGUAUCUUUUUUGGUGCUCACAAGCUUAAAUGGGCCUUAGUGGAGAUUGUGCUGCUCACUGGCACUGUGGCAGCCACUAUGUGGUCAUGGUAUCCUAUAAGUAAAACUGCCACUCUGCUCCUGGCUCCCUAUCUGUCCUGGCUGUGUCUCGCCACCUCCCUCAACUACUGUAUCUGGAGAGACAAUCCCGAGGAAGGAAAAAAGGAAGAAUAAAGAAUGUUUUUUCUAUUGAUUUUGCUAAUGUAAAUUAUUUUUGUUUUGUACAAUAUAGAAUUUUGUAAGGAAAUAUGUGUUAUGUAAAUUGAUUAAAAUGUGCAUUUAUGUGCAGACCUUACUAUACAAGGUAUCCAUAUCAGAUUCCAUAUAGCAGAUUUAUUUCCAUAUAGUAAUUAUAACUGAACAAUUUAUUUUUCUUGUUUUUUUUCUUGGAUGUCUUCUGGUGGUUUAGAUGAAAAUCUCUGCAUUAAUGUCUUCCACAAACCCUUUUUUUCUUCAUCCAUCUGUUGCAUGCUUCCUGUAAAUGAAAACAUACUUCAUAAUUAAACAAUUUCCUUUGUGGAACAUAAAGUUUGUCUAAAUCUAUAAUAAAGUGCCUACAAGACA